AGGAGGCGUGUGCUAUAAACGCCUUCAGAACAUAGACAGGCGCUCGCUGAGCUCUCCGGACUCUGAUCUGUACAGGAACAAAAGUCUGGGAGGGGACGGAGAGAAAGGAUCGUGAAGGAGAGGAGUUUGUGUCUCUGCUCGGGGGGUUUUUUGUGCUUCGUGGAGGUUUUGAAAGUUUCCUGCUGCCACGCGUAGAUCUGACUUCAUCUACAGGAGAGAGGAGCAGAGAGCCGCGAAUCCAGAAAGUUGUCCUCCAAAGAGAUCCAAGUUCACAGCAGGAAGUUAGCCAUGGUGAACAGCAGGGUGGAGGCGCCCACCUUGGCGGUGAUGGGUGGAGUCGGAGGGACACCGAGCAGGUCGUGUGCGGGAUGUGGAGGUCGUAUCAUGGACCGUUUCCUGCUCUUCUCCAUGGAGCGGUACUGGCACACGCGAUGUCUGAAGUGCUCGUGCUGCCACGCUCAGCUGGGAGAAUUCAGCAGCACUUGUUACAGCAAGGGCGGCAUGAUCCUCUGCAAGAACGACUACAUCAGGCUGUUUGGACACAGUGGAGCCUGCAGCGCUUGUGGACAGUCGAUACCUGCCAGUGAGAUGGUGAUGAGAGCGCAGGGUAACGUGUACCACCUGAAGUGUUUUACGUGCGCGACCUGCAGGAACCGUCUGGUCCCUGGGGAUCGUUUCCACUACGUCAACGGGACAAUUUUCUGUGAGCACGACCGGCCGGGAGGAGGACUGCUCAGCGGACAUCCAGCAUCCCUGCAGGCCAACAGCAUGAUGUCGGACCAGAAGGUCUGCUGAGGAUGACGACGAUGGAAACCAAACGUGUGCCUUCUCCCCGUCCUCACUCCUCCGUCUCUUUCUCUUCCUCCGCCUUCGGCUGACUGACGGCCUCUCCGCUGUUGGACGACCAGCUGAGAGGAGUUAACCGUGGACGGGUCGAGCAGUCCGCCAGAAAGAGAAGGACACUGAAGACUGGUGGAAUUUAUUUAUACAGAUGACUCUUCUCUAAAGUUAACAACGGCGAGAUUACUGACACAAACUGGUGCAGGUGAUGGAGCCAAACUUGGAUUUAUUCUCAUUAUUUGAUGCCAGCAAACGACAUGGAUAGGACAUUCAAUAAGAGGAGAACAGUUACAGCGAUGUGACUCCCAAAAUCACCAAACAGGAUGAAGCAAUUUCACCUGAGUCGUGACUUCAGCUUCUGGACGACUCCUUCAAACGCCAACAGGGAACUGAACGGACUCUUUGUGGAACAUGCAGCGACAUGUUCGUCUCUGUGUUGUUUUUUGACCACAGUGUGUUUAGGAAGUGCUGAUAAUUCUACAAGUUUAAGCAGUGCUUUGGUAGAAGUCCAGCUUCAACAUCAGGAGAUAGCAGCUCGGCGCUCUCUCUCCGUGCAGAUGCCGCUCCGUUGUGUUUUUAUUCUGCUGAUGUUGGCUUCAGGCGUCAUGAAAACUUUUUAGUGUUUGAAAUUGUGUUUGGAAAUAAUCUGCCAGAAGAGAUUUAGCAGCAGCUCCAUGAACUGAACUUUCUAAGUGUUUAAUGCAGUAACGAUCAAGUUUUUUAUGGAAGCCCAAAGCAGACAUGCGUCCACGAAUCUGAUUUACUCUGCGCCCUUGUGAGAACCAUCAUCCAUCGACAUGCAUGCAUGCUUGGAUUCAUAGCUGGCUACCAUUAACUCUUCUGACAUCUCUUCUCCCUCAUCAGAUCAUCAUCCUUCACUUCAAGGAAACAAAGAAAGUAAAUAAACCUCGUGGAGUGCUGGUGCUGUGUCUGUAGGCAAAUUGGUCAUGGGCUUUUAACAUAACGUUACUUUACGUUACUGGUUCCCAAACUUGUUUUGCUGGGCUUUUUUUGGUAGAUGCAAAUAUUUUCAAGCCCCUCCUCCCUUUAGCAUACACAUCAAACAAACGCACAUCCUUUGCCAACGAAUUCCUGUACACAGUCUGCAGAAAAUACGGAAUUGCAACCUCAGAGUGCAACAUCCAACUUAAAAAACAACAAGACAAGCAACAGAUCGUAACACAUGAACACCUGUUUUUUCCAAAUGUGUCAUUAGCAGGCAUUUGUGGAUUUAUAAGAGCUAUAAAGUUUGGAGUAAAUUCAUUGUUUACCUGGAACUCUUUGGAGAAAGUUGGCCAUGAAUUGUUUGCGGUGCAAAUCGUCUGCAUUGUUUUUAUUAAGCCUUACUGCACGCUCACAACUCCAGUUGCUCCUCCCCCCAAGUUUGGGAAUCACUGCCGUAAGCGGAGUUUCCUGCUAUGAGCUUCUGAGACGUUGUCUCCAAAGUGUCUUGUUCAAACACGUCCCUCACAGCGUGAAGUCUUCUCUUAGGAAUACGGGAGGUUGGUGGAUGGUGGGUGAGUCUAAGGAGGCAGGAUAGGACGUCCAAAUCAGUCUGUGAAAGCCUCAGUGUGAUGUUUACAACAUCAUGGAGGACGAAGACAGUUUAAGAAAAUAUCAAAGCUAUGAGUAAAGGGAUGUGGGCCAAAUUCCACCAGAUCUGUGUCCAGUCCGUCUCCAAUCCGUCACAGCACUGGAUCUGAUAGGUUUCUAUUCUGGUCAAUGUGUUAAUUCCCACUGGAUCCGCUCCGUUGUGUUCCAGCUGCAUCUCUGAUCCGGCAGGUCGGAGUCCUCCAGAUCAGAUGCACAAGACUUCUAUUUUUGCUGGAUGCCGGAACACGACGCAUCAAUCUCAACAGAGCAGAUGGAGCGGGACAGGAAGUCAGGCACCAAAACAAAAUGAAAACAUCCGGUUAAUGUUUUGAAUAAAACACUCUGUGUUAUCCCCAGAUCGUAUUUCACUUAACUACAACAACAAACCGUCAUGAUGAGUGGAGCCAGGCCUGGAGUCAACAGGUCAGAGGUUUUCAGAGGACCAGAAAGACAACAUGGAUGAAGAGAGGAGGAGGAGAAUCCUUGAUUCAGGAAUUACCGUGGGAAAACCUUGGUCACAUGACUCCAGUUGUCCAGCGGUCCUGCUCCGUGCUACGUUCUGAAAACGCAACCGGUGGGUGUUGGUGGACGAGAGAGCACAGAGCCGGACCAAAGCGGAUUGGAGAUGGAUUGGACACAGAUCUGGUGGAAGUCCCGUGUUAACCUCAGAUGUUUUUAUUCAUCCUGUUGCAUCUUGUUUCUCCAGUUUUGCACUAGCUCCAUGUUGUAAACGCUCUGGCGUUGCUCAACCCGACUUCUUGCAGAAAUAUUAGCAGAGGGCUAAAGAUAAAAGUCUGGAGAAAUUUCAACUCUUACUGUUCACACGUGCAGCUCAUCCGGAGUAUGUUUAAGAAGUUUUGAACACUGUAAGUUUGGUUUGUGCUUUCACAACUCCUGGGAUACGAGUCAGGUUACGUCAAGAUCUCCAUAAAAUAAUCAGAAACUUCUCGUCAUCACAGGAAAACAGAAUAAAUAAAGUUGAAGGAUGCAUGUCUGCUUCAGGCUUUCAUAGUUUUUGAGGUUUCAGCUCACCUGUUAAUAUUUGAUGAACAUGUAAAGAAUUGGAGAAUAUGUUUUAAGAUGCACUAAUAUUUUGUUGUGUUUUGUGCUCCAGCGUAUGAACAAAGUUUUCUGUGUUGCUAUUUGUGUUUUUUUCUAAUGAAGUCUCUAAAGCGAGUCUGUCCUCAAAACGACUCAGCCGUUCAGCUGUGUCUUCAUGUGAUGAAUGACUGAUUGUGAUUUGGCUGAAGCUCCAGUUAGCAGCAGAGUUAGCGUUAGCCGCUGCAGCCCGAGUGAGAGGUAAGAGACGCUCCUCUUCCCUCAGACAAACAUGGCUGAUUACCCACAGGAAUGGGAUUUCAAAGGCCCAAGCCGAGGCCAUUACAGAAGCAAUUAAAGCGGGAUGCGCUGCAGGCCUGCAUGGGCUUUAGCUGCACUCCAGUGCUGCAGCCUAAUGAGGCCUAAUCUGGUGAGCUGGUCUAAUUAAAAGGGAGGGAGCCUUUUCCUGUGGGCACCAGGCAGCCAACGCUCUCUGCUCCCCGUAGCUGUCUGAGGAGGAAACACAAAAGUCAGAAAAAGAAUUGUUCAAACCAUAAAACGCUCCUUUAUUCUCUGUCCUUUCAAAUUAAAACAUUUAACUCGACAUUUUGAACAUGUCUGCCACUCUCUGAUCUCUGUGAGCUCUCCUCUGAUUGCUUCCUGGCAUGAACUCUGCUUUAUUUUAAUUAGCCUGUUUAUUUUUUAUAUGUACGUUUGGCAUGGAAACUCCAGGAUCAUCUGUUCCUCGCUAAUUUUAGGAUCACUCCUGUUCCAUAUUGUGCGUGUUGCUUUCCACGGAGCAGACUGAAGCACACAUGAGUAGCCAGCUGUGACUCUUCAAAUUAGCGGGGCCGGGAGAGCCGAGCAGCUCCUCUCGCAGGGUUAGUCCAAUUAGCUUCACAUUCACGGCAACAAUGAGGCUUUUAAUGGUCCUGUUUCAAAGUGCUCUUUCAGAACGUCGGCGGCUCAACGCAUUCCUCUGCUUCCUCACUCAUGACUCCAAAACCUGAGUCACACUAAGUUUCCAACCAUUCCUCUCUAAUGCUUCAGUCUGGCUGAGGCUUCACUCUGAGUACAGUAUGAAUCUAAGAAAGCACAGCUGCAGUCGCUCAUGACCUCCUGAGGUUUUAGGACUUGAGCCUCCUUACCUGGAAAUAAAGGAUUCAAACCUACAGAUGUGUGAUUUCCACCUCUGCAGCCUGCACAUUAAAGCACAAGUUUGGACUUAACUUCUUUCAUUGAAUUUCUACAACAUGCAAACUUUGUUCCCAGCUUAGUGGGCUUCAAGUCAGAGUGAAGACAUCAAAGCUUGGAGCAGGACACGCCAACUGCUCUGCUGUUUGUUGCAAAAACCAACACAAAGGUCUUCAUUCUGUCCCAACACAAGAGGCCCAAAAUAAAACAGUGGUUGCUUUUUAUUUUUAACAACAACGUGUGGCUACAGUCGGUGUUUAUUUGUUUGUUCGUGCCGACCACUUCACCUCAAACUGCGACAACAACAAAGGUCCGCCACUUAAAGAUAUGCACGAAAAGCAACAAAGUAAAAAUAACACUCAGAUUUUAACGUAUCACUCACAGACAUGCUGUUGAAACUGUUGCUGCAACUCUUCAACAGUUGCCUCCUCCUGAUAGGGGUCAGAUGUGUAGCAUACUGGUGUAAGUUCUCCUGGAGGGCUCGCCAAGUUUGUUCUGGUCUCUUUCCACCUCUGCAUUUGGCUGCACCUUGAUUAAAGACAGUUGGGCAUGUUGAAAACAGGACCUUUGAAUUAUUUGGCUGCAUCUUUUCAACAGUUGCCUCGUCCUGAUCCAGGUCAGAUUCUGGAUCAGAUGGGUAGUGUACUGGCGUAAGUUCUCCUGGAGUGCUCGCCAUGUUUGUUGUGGUGUUUUUCCGCUUCUGCAUCUGUCCUUACCAGUCUGCAGCCUCCCUCCUCUGGAAACUUUAAAACAGCCAAUCAGAGCAGUGCCUCAUCAUUGCAGCCCUGCCCACUCAGAUCACUGCAUAGAUGAUAAGGUUACAAACUGAGAGGCUGCAGAUCCUGCUGAAUUUGUGACUUUUUUUUUCAACUAAAUGAAAACGUUAGAAAGCUAGGACGUGAAAAACAGAUAGAAAAAUUAUGAUAAAGGACAUUUAGAUUACGCAGCUACAACUCUUCAACAGUUUCCUCCUCCUGAUGGGGUCAGAUAUGUAGCAUACUGGUGUAAGUUCUCCUGGAGCGCUCUCCAAGUUUGUUCUGGUGUUUUUCCGCAUCUGCAUUCAAGCAGCCAAUCAGCACAGCUCCUCAUCAUUACAGAUCAAAAAUGACAUUAUACCUUUUAUAGGACUUUUACAAAGGGACUGAAAGACAAUCUGCACAAUUGAAAUUGUGCUUUAAUAAGAAAAGAUAAAAAUAGAAUCAUUCUGGUGCCAGAACACUUUAAUCUGCUGUCUAAAAUAACAAAACAGAACCACAUAUGUGUGAAAUAAAAACAAAAGGUGUUUAAUAAAGAAAUCUGACACCUAGGGAGAGAUA